AUGGUUAACGCCGCUCCCUAUUCGACGAUGGGUAACACAUCGUCGAGUUCAUCUCGAAUGAGCAAAAAAUCAGAAUCGAUGGAGAUCAAAACCAAACCAAAGGCAAGCCCAGCCAAUGGAGAAUUCAACAAAAGCAAAAGCAUGAUGGAUAUGAGCACAAAGAGCUCCAGAAUGUCAACAUCGACAACGUCAAACACCUCUAGACAGAAGAGUAUUACAAGCAUCAAGGACAAGGACAGACCGAAAAGCACGCGAGAGGCUAAAGGAUCCGAUAUUUCCCGAACCAAAUCAAUGAAAAAGGAAUCUCAUCCGAUCACUUCUCAAUGCAGAGAAAUCAUCUCACAAUGUUUUGAUAAUCCACAUUCCGAAUUUGCCAAUAAGGUUGUUCAAAGAAUCUUCGAGAAACGCGAAGACUACCAAAAGUACAUUAUGAACUUGGGCAAGGAGCGAAGUGUCAUUGUUAAUAAUCGCUUGAAAAUUCUUGUCGAGGAUAUUGUUGCACAUAUCCACGACUCAGAUUACAUUGAGCUCGUUUCCAAGCAAUAUGGAGAGGAGCAUGUCGAGUUGAAGCAGUACGGCUUCAAACCAGACUUUUGGGUUGCUGUCGCUGAUGCGAUGACUUUGGAAGGUGUAAUCUUGGACAUGGCUAAUCAUCAGCCAGCUGAUACUGUCUCCGCAUGGUCUUCUCUGGUCACAUUGAUCUUCUCAUCCGUCCGUGAUGGAUACUAUUCAGAGCUCCGACGUCAUCGCAUGAGCUCUCGACGAACGCUUAAACAUCAGAGUACAGUGGAUUCACGAGAAGAAAAUAACGAGGGAUCAUCAUCCUCAAACCAAAACGGAGGAAGCAUCGCCACCACCGCUGCUGGCAUGCUCGGACAGCGAGAUCACUCCAGGAGUACCCCAGUGCACAUUUCUGACGAAGGAACUCCACGCAACGUUCUCGCUGGAUCUCGACGAGAGACUCUUCGCAGUGUCUCCACCUAUUCCACUGAUUCUCAACCACAUUCCGGAAGACGCAAUGGAUCGGAUGCUGGUCCAUCCACUUCUUCCUCAACAAGCAACGUGAUUCGCCGCCCGAUCUUUGAAUAA